CUUUUUUAGCCUUCUGCUAAGAUAGCGAUCAGUGAUUCUCUACAGAGAACGUGCUAUUUGAAAAAAUAUAUUUUGAGACUAAAAUAUAACAAAAAUACCAAUUUUUUUUUAGGAUUUAUAUUGGUUUUAAUCCCCAGUAGCUCCUAGGAAACCACAUUUUGUGUUUUCCGGUGACAUUUUUUGGAAUCGCUUUUGGAAAAUGGAGGAUGAAGUGAAAUGGGCCACUGAACUUAUCGAUCAGAAGCUGGAACUUGAAAGUGAGAAUGAGAUAAAGAAACCUCGAUUCCGGAAAAUAGGAGUCAUUGAAAUAGAUUCCAAUCAGUUAAAAGAGGAUUACAAGCAGCCAGUGAAUAAAAGUGUCGCCAACCUCAAGGCUGAUGAUCGAGUACGGAAAACCUCCGUGGAUUUAAGAAAGGAAAUCAUAGAUGUUGGUGGUAUCCAAAACCUCAUUGAAAUCCGCAAAAAGAGACAAGAGAGGAAACAGAGGAAAUCUCAGAUUGUAGCUCCGCAACCAGAACCUGAGCAAGAGGAAAUCACGGGGCCAGUCAGCCCUGAAGCGUUCCUCAAAGCUUCUGUUGAAGGCAAGAUAAAUAUAAUUGAGAAGUUCUUGGAAGACGGUGGAUCUCCAGACACGUGUGAUGAGUUCAAGAGGACAGCUCUUCACAGGGCAUCCUUGGAGGGUCACAUAAAUAUCAUCAAAAAACUUAUAGAAAGUGGAUCAUCAGUGAACUUCAGAGACAGGCUGGACUGCACAGCUGUUCAUUGGGCUUGUCGCGGGGGUCGACUGGAAGUCAUAAAACUUCUUCAGGAUAGCGGAGCUGAGAUCAAUGUCAAGGACAAGCUGUUAAGCACUCCUUUACACGUCGCAACAAGAACUGGCCAUGCUGAUGUUGUGGAACAUCUGAUUUCUACUGGGGUGGACAUCAACUCCAAGGACAGGGAAGGUGAUACAGCUCUCCAUGAUGCAGUCAGACUGAAUCGCUACAAGAUCAUUAAAAUGCUCAUGCUAUAUGGAGCCAACAUGAUGACAAAAAAUAUGAACGGCAAAACCCCCACAGACCUGGUGCAACAGUGGCAAGCAGAUACCAGAGAGAUGUUGGUGAAAAGAACAAACGGUGGGGCAGAAAAGAAGAGCGAGGCGGAACCUUGAACAAUAUGGCGAUUCUUCAUCGUUAGAGACACCGGCAAUAAGCGGAUGAAUGUGAAUGCACAUGCUGUAAACUAUUUUUGUAAAUGUUUUAUUUAGUUUAUUUCUGUAAAAUAGCGUCUUUCUUUGUGUUAUAUGAUAUUACAUACCCUAUUAAAAUACAAUUACUUUGAA